AUACCCACAGCUGGGCCCUCAGCGCAGCUCCUUGCAGAAGCAUCAGCAAGCCUGUGCAGCAGAGAGGCGCCGCGCAUGCCUUGCGAGAGGUAUGGUGUCCAGAGAGCAAUGGCUACGUACGCGUGAAAAAUCUGCCACUCAUGCAAGGGAGUCAAAAGCAGGCUGAAAUCACUGCAGGCUUGGCGCCGCGAACUCAAGGAACUGGUGCCGGAGUUGCUGCGCGCGCACGGCUAUUGCCGCCCUGAGAUCGUGAAGAGGGUCCUGCUGUACUAAUAUGCGUCGCUGCCUCAUCCUCCUCCACGCGGUCGCAGUUGCCGCCAAAAGCUGCGACGAGUCGCGGCUUGUCAGCAGACCCGACUACGCCGAAAGGCUGCUGCGCGCCGCGAUCCAAUGCAACGCAACCUCGCGCAUCGAGCCCAGUGCGGCCGUGGCGAACCUUGCCGUCGCCGGCACGGGCUCGCAGACGCUCGCGGACGCGCUGCAGGCCUGGCGCGGCGUGGUUGGAAACAGACGCGCUCGGCCCGCCGGGGUCCCGCGACUCCCUCGCCGCCGGCUGCUUCUCGGCGAGGCGGUACGGCGCGGCGGUGCGCGUAUCACCGCCAGGGCGACGGCGCACCGCUUGAUAUCCCACCACGACCACCGCAUCACGGUGGAUCACCUCCUCAGGACGACGAAGCGCUGGUCGACGGCCUUGGACACGUUCGGAGAACCGCAGGAGAAAAUCGACGUCUUCCUGCUCACGCUCCGGGCUGUGUGGAAAUCAAACUUUUACGGCGCGUUCGUGCUGAAUCGCCGCGUCGACCUCCACGCCAUCGACGCGACGCCUGCUCGAUGGUGUGGCGAUGCCGGUUCCUCACCGCUCGACGGAGCCAGCACGGCCGCGUCAUCGCCGAGAAAUGACUUAGUGAAGAAAUGUCGGGUGCACCCGACGCACUGGUUGAUUUCCACACAGGCUCCGGGACCCCGUGCGCCGCUUCCAGAGCGGCUGGCGCUACCGGCCCGACUUUCGCUACGACACGCUCGAGAACCUCCUGCGCGAGUGGAGAAAGCGCCUCGGUGACGGCCCACGCCCCGCGUUUCCGGACGGGCUCGCGAGCUCAUUCCGAAGGCUCAACACUGCCGUGAACCAAUACUUCGCUACGCCGCAGCUCUCGUACCUCGUAGGGUCCGCGUGCGCCUGCAGGCGGGGCGAGGUUCGGCUCCGGGUCCUCUGCACGGAGUCGUUGCGUCACGAUCUCCCCGCGCUCGCCGCGGAGCUCGGGGCGCGAGCAUCGCAUCGCCACUCGAACCUACGCACUACGCGCCGUCCACGCCGCAAUGCCACGGCCACCGUCUCCGCCAAGACCGCCGCCUGGCUUCGGGACAUGUACCGCGAGGACGUGGCACUGCACAAAUACUACUGUUUAUAGAGAAUGUCUUGUAUAUAAAGCACUGUCAUCGUAUAAGAGAGC